AUGGCGCAAUUAGUCCAUAUCAAUUCGAUAUUGGUAACAGGAGCAAAUCGUGGCUUGGGAUUGAAACUGAUCGAGGUGUUACUCGCAUCCGUUAACCCUCCCAAACAUGUUUUCGCUUGCUACCGAGAUGCUGGCAGAACAACGGAUUUACAAAGAUUAGCAUCAAAGCAUUCCAAUUUGAAGUUGAUCGAGAUGAAUGUUGCAAGUGAUACAGGAAUUCAAAGUGCAUUCAGUACUGUAGAAUCGAUGAUACCGAACGAUGGACUUGAUGUUCUGGUCAACAAUGCUGCAAUUCUCGAUAAAUCAAAUCUAUGUGAUGUUACUUCCGAAUUAAUGGAAAAUUCAUUUCGAAUCAAUACAGUAGCUCCGCUAAUGAUUGUAAAGGCUUUCCUUCCUCUACUGGAAAAGCCCAAAGACAAUACUGUAAACGGUGUUGUUGUCAAUAUUAGCUCUAUAGCCGGAUCCUUAAUGGAAUCGUCAUCGUUACCGGAUAGAUAUCCAUAUAAAUGUAGCAAAGUGGCACUAAAUAUGAUUACGAAAACUUUAAGUAUUGACUUGAAAGAUAAAAAAAUUGCCGCUUUGGCAAUAGACCCUGGUUGGAUGGUAACAGAUAUGGGAGGACCGAAUGCUCCACUCUCUCCAGAAGAAUCAGCCAGAGCUAUUAUUGACUUGAUAAGUCAGCUGACAAUGGAUAAAAGUGGAGAGUAUUUUGAUAUUUAUGGAGAUGCGAUACCGUGGUAAUUUGAGUCUGGCUUGCAAUCGAACAAGAAUUAUCACAAGAUGUUCUUCGUAUUGGGGCAGAAAGUCCGUUAACUUCUUAUGCUGACUUUAAUAAUCGUUCAUAGCAUACCUCUUACAAUAUAUUAUGAAGAUAG